GUGUCAUAAGCUCGCUUCACCGCUUGUCCAUCCGCAGUCAGUGACCGCCCAACCGCCAAGACGGAGGUCAAAAAGAACCUCGGUGGAAGUAUAACGAUGCUUCAAGAACUUCUUGAAAAACUGCAAAUAAGAGAUGAUCAGCCUGUGUCCCUUCAAGCUCAGACUGUUUCCAGUGCUAUGAACAAAGAGGGCUCCUCUUCCAAGAGCCUGAGGGCUGAUCCUCAGAAAUCAGAUAAGUCUUGCAAGGCUUUCCAGGAUAUUUCCCAGUACUUUUCUAAGAAGGAAUGGGAAAAGAUGGGUUACUCUGAGAAGAUCACUUAUGUGUACACGAAGAGAAACUAUACCACCAUGACUAGACUAGGUUUCAAACGUGCCAUGCCAGAUUUCAUGCGUUCUGGCAUACAUGCUAAAAGAUCCUGUGAGAGUGAUUCUGAUGAAGAGCAGAACACUAAUGCUGAGCAUCGGGGUGAUGGGCCUUCUGGCAUGAGGCAGGCAAAAACCUUGAAGGUGAUCCAGCAACCAGUGAAGCAAGAAAAUAUUUCAAAGGUAAUACGGGGAGCAACUAAGUCAGGAGGAACCAAGAAAAAGCCACCUCGCCAGGGAACCCCAAGUACCCAUGGGAAGCAAGUCGUGAUGUCAGCAGUCAAGAAGGAGGAGAGUGGUGUCUGGAGCCACCGGCUGCGGGAGCGGAAGUAUGUGGUCGCUUAUGAAGAGAUCAGCGACCCUGAGGAAGAGGACUAAGUCUCCUCUGUGAUGUGACCUGCCUGUAACGAGAAACAGAACGUGGUGACCUUUGAAGAACACAGGCAGGGCUGUACACCUUCGGUCAGCAACAAGUGAACUUAGUACUCCUCAUAGUGAAAUUGUGAGCAUCAAUGUGCUCCCGUGAACCAGAAGCACUCUCCUAGUGAUUUUUCCCACUCUGGCAAGCACUCUGUUAGCUAUAGCACUAUGUUUGUUAGAGUAGCACUAUCCUUAUUCGUCAGAUAUGACAACUCAGAUGUGCCAACAACAAUUCAGAGCAUUUAAUUCCAGACAUUUUUUUCUCUGUAUUGAUGCAUGUAGAUGUGGGGUACCAACUUUUACCUGAUCUUCACUGCUUGUUACUUGUAUCCUGGACAAGCUCUUGAAUUGUUUGCUGUCUUUACAUUAUGUAAAGCCCAGACUCCCAUCACCAUUUAUUUUGUACUUACUAGUAACAAUAAAGAUUUGCAAACAUC